CUUGUGUUUGGUUCUUGGCUGAGUUCCUGGUGCUACCAAAGCUUCAUUGAAGAUACUAAUUACAUUCACCAUGGAUCUGGUCAUGGUUCUCAUCUCCAUCAUCGUCAUCUUACUUUUGGUCAAUGCUUUCAAGAAUCAAAAGCAAGGAAAGAACAAACAUUUCCCACCUGGACCAACGCCUUUACCGAUCAUUGGAAAUAUGCUCAUAAUGGACAUAAGAAGACCCCAUAAAACGUUUAUGAAGUUGGCUAAGGAGUACGGCACAGUCUUCAGCAUCCAGACAGGAAUGUCAAAAUCUGUUGUCCUAUGUGGUUAUGAUACCAUAAAAGAUGCUUUAAUCAACCAUUCAGAAUUUUUUUCCGAAAGACCACUUUCACCGGUUUUUAAAGAAACAACAAAAGGCUAUGGUGUUGUCUUCUCCAAUGGAUUGAACUGGAAAGUGAUGAGAAGAUUUACACUCUCAACCUUACGAGAUUAUGGAAUGGGAAGAAAAACCAUAGAAGACAGGAUCAUUGAGGAAUCUGAAUGCUUAAUCCAGAAGAUAAGAUCAUAUCAAGGAAAGCCCUUUGAUAAUCUGACCAGUAUAAAUGCUGCUGUAGCCAAUAUAAUUGUGUCUGUACUGCUGAGUAAAAGAUUUGAUUAUGAGGAUCCGACCAUACUACGGCUUAUGGGUUUAGUCACUGAAAAUAUAAAACUUCUAAGCAGCCCCUCGGUCAUGCUAUACAAUAGUUAUCCGUUUCUUGCAAAAUUUCUUCCCGGAGCUCACAAAACAAUUUUUGAAAACAUUAGGACGUUUCAUGACUUUAUAAGAAAGACAUUUACAAAACAGAAGAAAGAGCUGGACGUGAAUGACCAGAGAAACCUCAUUGAUGCCUUCUUAGCCAAGCAACAAGAGGGAACGCUGGAAUCCACCCAGUAUUAUCACAAUGAGAAUCUGACUGCUCUGAUGGUAGAUUUGUUUGGGGCUGGAAUGGAGACCACAGCAACCACAUUAAGAUGGGCUAUUCUGCUCAUGAUGAAAUACCCGGAAAUUCAAAAAAAAGUGCAAACGGAAAUUGAACGAGUGAUCGGAUCGGCCCACCCCCAAAUGGAGCAUAGAAAACAAAUGCCGUAUACAGAUGCUGUCAUUCAUGAAAUUCAGAGAUUUGGGGAUCUUGCACCUGCUGCUUUACAUUCAGUUUGUCAAGAUGUUACUUUUAGAGGCCAUUUUAUUCCAGAGGGAACAUCUGUGAUUGUACUCCUGCAUUCAGCUCUCAGAGAUAAGGAAUACUUUGAGAAACCAGAUGAAUUUUAUCCUGGACAUUUUCUUGACUCCAAUGGAAACUUUAAGAAGAAUGAGGCCUUCAUACCAUUUUCACUAGGUAAAAGAAGUUGUGCUGGCGAGAACUUGGCUAAAAUGGAGAUAUUUAUCUUCUUUACGUCACUGUUGCAAAACUUCACUCUCCAUCCACAACCUGGCGCUGAACUGGACCUUACUCCAGCCAUGGGGUUUACAAAUUCCCCCAAGCCUUUUCAAAUUUGUGCCGUGCCUCAUCGAUAGAUUAUGAUUUACAUCCAUCUUCCAUGUCAUGUUUUGACAAACACGAAGCUAUAUAUUUAGGGCAGACAUGAGGAAAUAUUUCCAGUAUGGGACCUACUGUAUACUUUGUAAAGAUUUAGUAAAGUGAUCUACAAGGGUUUCAGGAACAAGUGGAGGACACUGCUGCUAUUUUUCUUCAUAUUUUCCAUUUUUCAAAAUCUCCUGCACCCCCAUGGUUAUAAACCAGGAUAGUUUUUUUUCCAGCAGUCUCAACUUUUUAUUUUUUUCAUAAACAUAGCUAUAUGAGGUCUUGUUUAUUGGAAUAAAAAUUGUUUCUUUAGGCUACAUUUAUGCCCAGUUUAAUUUAUAUCCAUUUUAGAGAUGAACAAAUCAGUCCUAAACUAAUCAAAUUUGUUACGAAUUGGUUUUGGUGAUUAAAUUUUAAAAUGGCACCAGCCAUUUUACUUUGGAAAUGUGAGGGAAACAGGGUAGGGAGGAUAAACAUGGAUGAUGACAUGAUCACAAAUUUGAUUUGAUCCGAAUUUAUUUGUGACAAAGCAGGUUAAAAGUCAGCGAUUUCCUGGCUACAGAGAGCCUGUAUAACGGUAAACAACACUGUGUACUGCAGAAACAUGCAUAGCUAGUCAGCUGUGGUAGUAAAACAGUUACUGUGCGUCAGUAUGACAGGCAUCACUCUUAGAAUAACUUCACACUUUACUUAUUUGCCCCAACCAAUGAAUGGCUCAGCACACUAUAUUAUCAGUGUGGGGUUAACACUGAACUGGUUAUCAUGAAAUAAGACCCACUGUCAGGCCCAAUGUAAUUAAAAGAAGCCCAUCCCCCAGAUGGUAUACAUCUUCAAAAUUAGUAAAAGAAAAAGUGAUUAGUGCAAUACUACAAUAAGGUAACAACAUAAAUGCUAAUAAAUUAAUAGGGUAUAUCUCCUCAUAAUAAAUCCAUGUGAAAAGUAGAAAAGUAGUCUAAUACAUCAAAAUAGCCCAGCAGGGGACAAAUCUUGUUCCGACCAGUGUAGCUUCAUCUUGACGUACGUAUCGUCUUAAGCUUCCUCAGAAGAUACCUUACUCCGAACUACCAACCUAUUUUACCCUGUUAAAUGACUAAAAAUUAAAAUCAGAUGACGAUAACUACCUCAUCUUUAGCCCACGUGUUCCAAGCUUUGUUUCCCCGCGUGCGUUCCAAGUUGUAUGUAAUAUUAUAAUACCCUAUAAAUACAAAAAUCCACAUGAAAUCGGUGGAAAUAGAUGGUGGACCGCAUUCAAGAGCCAGCCAGAAGUUCCAGCAUACGCUCCCUGGCCAAACUCACAUGCCUCUCGAGAGAAUGCAUGCCUCUCAUUGCGUAAACAGGAAGCACGUGCGCUCCACAGCGGAAUGCACAGUGAACCCAAUCGCUGCGCGUUUCACUGUGGGACACAUGCACACAAGUGCAGUUCCUACCCGGCAAGCAGCUACAUAAAGUGAAUACUAGUAACCCCAUAUAAGUAAAACCCUAAUCGGUGACACAAGAUUAAUGUAAUAGUGAAAAUUAAAUCUAAUACAUGUUAUUUUGCCUCCAUAUUCAAUUUCCAAAUAUAUAAUAAAAAAACUUGAUAAUACCAAAGUAAUACAGCGAAAAAAAACAUCAAGAAAAAUGAUAAAACCACAUAUAAAUGCUAUAGCCUUAUGCUGUAUGAUUGAUUUUAAUUAUAUUAUG